CAUCCCCUUGUUGGGCCCCAUGGUGGGUGGGGUCACUAGGAGCUGAAUUUUUUCUGUAAUUAUGGAUUCAAAAAAUUCAAAAAGUUCUUGUGCACCAACAACAAAAACAAACAAAAAAAUCUCCACUAAUCCAGCGUUCUUAGUAGUGCACGCAACCGGAGAAAAACCCUUGGCUAAAGCUUCUCCUUUCUUGAUUCAAAAAUUGUUUGAAUCGACCAUAGGACAGUUGAAAAAAAUACAAAAAUUAAGAUCUGGAGAUUUACUGGUGGAAACAGCUUCCCCACAACAAUCGGCAAAACUUCUGGAAACAAAGACCCUAGGAGAAAUGGAAGUCACUGUCACCCCACAUGUGAGCCUAAACUCAUCACGUGGGGUAAUAUCUGAGAUCGAUCUGAUAUCUGAAGAUGAAUCAGAUAUUCAGAUUGGCCUUUCAGACCAAGGUGUCACUGCUGUCCGACGCAUUUCCAUUCGUCGAGAUGGCAAGUUGAUUCCCACCAAACACCUUAUUUUGACAUUUAAUAAACCGACUUUGCCAUCUGUUAUUACAGCAGGUUAUCUGCGCUGCCCAGUUCGCCCAUAUGUUCCAAAUCCGCUGCGUUGCUUUAAAUGCCAGCGAUUUGGACAUUCACAAACAUCGUGCCGAGGGAAAAGCAUAUGCGCACAGUGCGGAACUGAAGGUCACGAGAGUACUGAGUGUACCACUACUCCGUGCUGUGUGAAUUGCAAAGAUGCCCAUCCUGCCUACUCUCGAAAAUGCCUAGCAUGGCAGAGAGAGAAAGAAAUCCAGCGAGUAAAAACCAUUAACAACAUACCAUACCCGGAGGCUCGGCGAAUGGUCACUCAAAGCACAGUAGUGAAACAGAAAACAUUUGCUUCUGUGUUGAAAUCCACAAUGUCAUGUGGGGUUCAAACUGAUAUCUCUGUCUCCCCAAGCGAAUCUCUUACUCGCCAUGCGAAAUGUUUAAUACUCCCGUCUACACAAACACCAGAAAAGGAGAUCACAAAAGGAAAAACACCCCUGCCUAAAACAGGGGUAAUUACAAGAAACCUGGGUUCUAAAAAGGCUAAUAAGAACCCACUAAACAAACAGAGAGUGAAAGCAGCUCUCUCUAAAUCUAAAAAAUCAGAGGCUCAGUCCAUGAGUGAGUUCUCUGAUAUCUCUGAUGAAGAGAAUAAUAUGGAGGUAACCCAACCAACGUCACCUCCAAAAGGAAAAUCAUCAGUUAAACUGAAGAGGGACACUUUUUCUAAGAAUGCUGCCUCAAACACAUAAUGGAUUAUAAAAUAAUCCAAUGGAACUGUCGUGGUUUUCGCAACAACUUCUCUGACAUUAAACACUUGACAUCAUCUACCUCAUCUCUCUGCGUGGCACUCCAGGAGACUCAUCUGAAACCUAGAGAGGGAAUUACUUUAAAAGGAUUUGAUCUCUACCGCAAGGAUGAUGAUAGCCACAACCGUGCAAGUGGUGGUGUGGCUAUUCUGGUUUCCAACCGCACCCCAUCCUUGCCGGUACAAAUAACAACAGAGCUGCAAGCGGUGGCAGUCAAAAUUUCAAUUGGCGUAACUGUCACAGUCUGUUCUAUAUACUUGCCACCAGAUGUCAGAGUCAAUGAGGAUGAAUUGGAUACACUAGUUGAACAGCUGCCAACUCCUUUCCUUUUACUCGGUGAUUUCAAGUGUCACAAUUCAAUGUGGGGCAGUCCUGACAUUAACCGUUG